ACUAACUGUAUAUUUAACGCAAAGUUGAUGAAUAUUUGAAAGAUUAUUACACAAAAUUAAGUAAAAAUUACGCAAAGAAAAGCAAUGAAUGACAAAGUUGAAAAUAAUAAUGAAGAUGUUUCUGCGACAACUGCUAUCCAAAAAGGCGAAAAACUUGAACUGGUUGAUAAAAUUAUAAUAGGGGAAACGGUAUACGCCAAUUCAAAAUUAUUUCUCAAAAAAUUUAAAUAUUUUGAUUUCGCAAAAAUUAAAAAUUAUAAGGAUAAAUGGAAAUCAAAAGAUUUAGCCACUAAUUCUCAUAAUAAUGACACUUCAAAUUUUAAUAUUCCUUAUCAUUUUAAAUUUACAAAAUUAAAAUAUUUGCAUUCCUCUUCGAUCAGCAAUGCUUCCUUAGAUAAAUUAUUGCCCUUUACCAAAUUCCUAAAAUUAAAUCAAGGAAAGUGCGUCAAAUUAAGUUGUCCCAAAAAUUUCGUUAUUUUAGGUCUUUUUGAGAUUUGCAUCCAAUAUUGCAUUCGCUUCGUUGAAAGUUUGUUCUAUUCUAUCAAUCUAUCGACGCUUUCGUCUGUUUUACCGAGUCUCUCGCACAUCUAUAUCAAAGUUAUAAACUUGUAUAAACUACUUUUCUUGGAUAAAUACAAUUUAAGCAGUUUGGCAUCCCAAAUUCAUAUUAUGGAUAAAAGUCAGUUACAAGGUAAAGUCUUGACCUUGGUUGAUGAAGCGAGUAAAAAAUUAGCCGGAGAAGCUCAAAAAAAAAUUGAAAAUAGAAAACGUUUGUAUUACAGAUUGAAGAAACAAAUUUGCAUUUAUUUAAACCGCCCACUGACCCAGACUCAGGGGGAAAUUAUCGAGGACGCUAGAACUUAUUGUCAAGAUUACAUACACGACAGAUUAAAAAGGUCAGGAAUUGUUAUAUCACUUAAAAAUCUACCAAUCGGACCUGCUAACGAUAUAUCUAAUCAGAUACUAUUAAUGGGGCAUUACUUAGAAAGCAAUUAUCCCAGUUUAUUUUGUAAUAUCGAUUCCCAGCUAGAUGGAACUAAUAAUUUCCUCACCGCAGAUCGAGUAAUCUAUUUAUUAAAUCGUUUAGUUAAUAACAUCUUCAAGAAGGAAUCAUCCGCUAACUGUCACUUACAACACAAUGGGAUUCUUAACAGGAGAAUUACAUUGACAAGCAAUGAAUACAACACUCGACCAAAUCGCAGCCAAGCGCCUACCAUUGUUAAUACUCAAAUUUAUUUUUAUGAUAAAAAUGGUAAUACCAUAUCUAACGCACAAAAUCUAAACGCGUCAAUAUCAACUUCUUUGAUAAAUCGAAGACCCAUUGAUUAUACCACAAAUAAUCAAAGAUUAUUAAACGGGCAAAUUACUGGAAACGGAGUUAUAUCAAAUGAAAUAACUUGCUAUAAUGAAAAUAACACAAAUAUAAGGGAGAUAAACGAGAAUGUGAAUUGGGGUACCAUUACUGCAUUAUUUGCUUUAGCUGGGGCUUUUGCAGUUAGUAGUGUUUUACAAGGUCGGAUUGAAUUUUUACCAGUUAUAACAGAAAAGGUAGCAUCUAUAUUUAGGGAGGAUCUAGCUUUGUGGAUAUCCAUGCAGCCCGGUGGUUGGGUGUCUUUGGUGACUCAUUAUAAAACAAAACAACGCAGACCUUACUCUACAAAGCUAUUGUAUUUAAUUUCCCUUUUUACAAUUAUCUUAAUUUUAAUCAUUUUAUUGGGAAAAAUGAAUCAACACAAGUCUUAUGUGACAAACAAAACAUCAUUUGAAUUAUAAAGCAUAAUAUACUUUUUGUUGCAUUAAAUUACUAUUUUAUGUUAUAAAAAAAAUAAUCAAUUAUAUAUUUUUUCAUUAUUUCAUUUGU